GGGAAACACAAAUUACAGACAUUGGGGCUUUAAGUUUAUCUCCUGCAGCAGUUUAGGAGCCGAAGGUCUUCACGUGGUCUCGUCCUUCUGCCUCUCCAGGUUGGCCAGAACCCCCUGCAGCUCCGCCUCGACUUGUUUCGACCCUCCCUCAGCUUCACCUCCGCCUCUGCUUCUGCCAAUGGAGUGGAUCUUGCCAUAGGAGAUGCGGCAAACACAAACAUUAAUAGAAGAAAGCAUGCCAUCAGUCAAUAAUCCAAUAGGUACCGUAGCAUCCGGAAGCUGUCUAUUUCGGGAUGCUAAAGUCUCGAUUUUUCUAUGGGUCUGAUCCAUUCAAGGGAUUUAGAGAGGAAGCUGAGACAAAUUCAGAGCAUUUCUUGGAGUUGCAAAUCAGUGAUGACAAGUCACCAACUUGAGGGAAUGCAAAUCACCAUUUUGCCUUCACUCUCAGCAUCAGUGCCUGAAUGAUUAGUUUAGAUGAUGCAAAUCUCCCUCCGGUGCGAACAGAAUCACCAGUACUGAAUACUUGCAUUAACAUCGGAAGCUUUUUCCAAGAAAGAUCAGAUGCAAACCCAAUUAAAUAUAUAUUUCUCGGGGGCAGCAAGCAGUGUGCCUGCGGGUGUACCCAUUUUGGACUCUCUGUCUCAGCUGUACCCAUAUUAUUCAGAGUCAAGGUCUUCCUCUGUCACGCUCCAUUCUCAAUCUCUUUGUCCAGGCCGAUAGAAACCAUGGCUGAUCUGAUCCUCGGGAGCAUCGUGGAUUCCAUCACCGAACAUCUCGUUUCCCUCAUUGCCCAGGAGAUUGGGUUAACAUGCGGUGUCCAACGCGAGCUCGAGAAACUCCAGGACACUGUCUCUGCUAUUGCUGCUCUGCUUCGUGAGGCUGAAAAGAGACGGAUCGAGGCUGAGGACGUGAAAGACUGGCUUCAGAAGCUGAAAGUUGUGGUUUACGAUGCUGACGAUCUGUUGGAUGACUUCUCCACUGAAGCCCUGCGUCGUCCGAGAGUGGUGGGAGGAGUUAAGCGAGUUCUGAAUGAGGUGCGUAUCUUUCUCUCCUCUUCUAAUCAGCUUGUUUAUGCCAGUACGAUGGCACAUCGAGUCAAGGAGAUUAGAGAGAGGAUCGAUGCCAUUAACAGUGAUAGGUCCGCUUAUAAGGCCGAGGGAAACGAUGGUAAUAAUACACUUGGAAAUUUGGUGGAGAACCAACCUAGGCCGGAAACGCAUCCGUACAAGCAUGAACGAUAUGUGGUUGGAAGAGAUGAAGACAUAAAAGAAGUCAUCGAGUUUUUACUCAAUCCUGAUUUUGAGGAGAAUGUAUCUAUCCUACCUAUAGUUGGGAUUGGAGGCCUCGGGAAAACAACUUUAGCAAGACAGGUAUUCAACAACGACAGCAUUAAGGAAUAUUUCUCUGUUAAGCUUUGGGUUUGUGUGUCCACAAAUUUCGAUGCGGAGGAAAUUAUGAGGAAGAUAGUGCGAGAAUCCACUCCUGGCAGGGAACAUAGAGAUCUCAAGGGGGCUGAGUUGACAAAAAAGCUGGGAGAAGAGCUCGAUGGGAAGAAGUUUUUACUUGUGUUAGAUGAUGUAUGGAAUGAAAAUCGGUCUACAUGGCUGGAACUUGAAGGAUUUCUUAUGAAUGGUGCAAAAGGCAGUAAAAUAUUAGUGACCACUCGCCAUCUUAAAGUGGUCAAAACUAUGACACCACCAACAUAUUAUGAGUUGAGGGGCUUACCUGAGGAUCAGUCGCUCGAUUUGCUAAUGCGAAUGGCAGGGAAGCAAGAAUACGAGUGGAAAACUCAGAAUUUAGAAGAGAUCGCAAAAGAAAUUCUGAAGAAGUGUGGUGGAGUUCCCCUUGCAAUCAGGACGAUUGGGCGAUUGUUGGUAUCUUUGAGAAAUACGGAGGAAGACUGGUUGAGCUUCAAGAAUAAAGAGUUAUCGAGAAUAAAUCAGGAGGAAGGUGAUAUCAUGCCAUCGCUGAAGAUAAGCUAUGAUUUUCUGCCAUCACAUUUGAAGCAGUGCUUUGCUUACUGCUGCUUGUUUCCAAAAGAUUACGAGCUAGACACAUCUGAGCUCAUUCAUCUUUGGAUGGCACAGGGAUUUAUCAAACCCCUGGGCAAUAGGAAGACCCAGCUCGAAGAAGUUGGCCAUGAUUAUUUUAUGGAGCUGCUUUCGAGAUCCUUUUUCCAAGACAUAGAAGAAGAUGAUUAUGGCAACAUUGUGGGAUGCAAAAUGCAUGAUUUGAUGCAUGACCUCGCACAGUCGGUUGCAGGAGAUAAUUGCAUCACCAUUGACAGCUCCCAUGAGAAAAAGUUACCACAAGGAGCUCGCCAUGUAUCCACUGACGAUCCGUUUGCGUUGAAGAGCCGAUUUGAGGGAGGCAAAAGAUUAAGGUCCCUGCUUCUCACCAGCAAGACAAGCCACACUGAUAUUUAUUUGGAUGUCUCAUGUUUCAGAAGCCUACGGGCGCUACGUAUUCAAUAUGCACAAGUAAGUGAGAUAUCCGGUUCAAUCGGUAAACUGAAGCAUUUGAGGAGCCUCGAUCUAUCAGGGAUUUAUUUUCAGUAUCUUCCGAACUCUAUAAGCCGGUUGUGCAAUCUCGAGACGCUUAAUCUUAGAGGUUGUCAGUGGCUAGAGAGAUUACCCAGAGGCCUGACGAAGUUGGUUAAUUUGAGACAGCUUAAUCUUAGAGGUUGUAGGCGUCUAGAGAGAUUACCCAGAGGCUUGACGAAGUUGGUUAAUUUGAGACAGCUUGAUGUGAGUGAAUGUGAUGGCUUAACACAUAUGCCAAGGGGGAUUGGGAAGUUGACUAAUCUGCAAAUGCUAGGUAAAUUUGCGGUGGGGAAGGAUUCGAUUCGAGAUGCUGCUGCAGGGUUGAAUGAGUUGAGCAAACUUACUGGAUUGAGGAAAGAAUUAACUAUCGAAUGGUUUGAAAGAAGUGUUCCGAGCGGGUUGGAAGCUUCCUUCUCAAUUGAGAAGUUAGCUCUCCAACGAUUGGUGCUAAGGUGGAACCCUCUACGAGCUACGGAGGCUGAUGCAGAAGUUUUAAAAAGAUUUCGGCCCCAUCCAGAUCUAAAGGGAUUGAUGAUAGAAGGAUACGGUGGUGUCCAGCCUUCAUCCUGGAUUUCUCAACUUCAUAAACUAGUCCGUAUUGAGUUUUGGCAUUGUUAUAACUGCGUGCGUCUACCACCUCUAGACCAGCUGCCUUCACUCAAAAGAAUCUACUUAGUAGGUUUGAUGAAUUUGCAGAGGAUAGAAUUGUCGGGGAAUGAGAGUGGGACGCUGCAAUCUAAUUCCUUUCCAUCCUUAGAAGUAAUACAUCUGAGUGAUUUGCCUAAAUUUAGGGGAUGGGAGAGGAGGAGGAGGAGGAGGAGGAGGAGCAGCAGUAGAAUUGAACAAGAGGAAGAAGCUAUUCAGGAGGAGGUGGAGGAGGAUGAUGAUGAUUCUUUAUUGAUGCUCCCCGUGUUCUCUGACAAGGUCAAGGUCAUCAUAAUUGGAUGCCCAACAUUCUCAUACAUGCAUGGUCAAAAGCUGCAUCUGAAGAAAAACUUAACCAGAAUUAUAAAGCAGCUUUUGAGGAAUGUAACUAUACGCCAUGCUUCAGCAUCAUCAUCGUCGUUGUCGUCGAGGAUCACGUUGAUCUCCCUAUCUUCUAUAUCUAUCCUCGCACUGACCUGCCUCACCAUUUCUGAAGUGAAGGACUCCGAGCAUUUACCGGUGGAGUUGUUUCAGUCCCUCCCGUCUCUCCAGUCUCUUGCAAUCAGCCGUUGCCCUCGCCUGAAAGCUCCCCCUGUGUGGGCGAUCCUCCGAUACCUAACUGCCCUCGAGUCGUUGACGAUAUCCCUCUGUCCAGAACUUGACUUAUCGACGGGGGAGUCAGGAUAUCAAGAAGACAUGCCUGAAGGACUAGCUUAUAAACUCCGAGAGUUGGAAUUCAGUGGGGUUGAAAAAAUGGAGACUCUCCCAUGGUGGAUUCAGCACCUCACCAACCUCGAAAGCUUAAAAAUCAAAAUUUGCAGGGAUCUGAAGGCUUUUCCUGAGUGGUUUCCACAGCUUACCUCACUCAAACGUCUUGAGAUUUCAAAUUGCGGGGAAGAGCUGAGAAGAAGGUGCAGAAGGGACAUCGGAGAGGACUGGCCUAAUAUUUCUCACAUCCCGGACAUAAAUGUGUGGCCUCCAGAGUUCUGGCAAACCUCAAUCUGCAGAAGAUAUGAAGGGCCUUUUCCUCUGUUUCCUACUUCCGGUGUUUGGCUAAAAAGCUCUUUUACUGCUGAGUGAUCUGACUGCCGCAUUUCCAAAUGGACGUAUGUUACUUUCUGUAAGCUGUCGAGAUCAUUUUAUCUGAAGCUCACAAAUCCAUCUUCUGAAGUCGAGUUUCUGGAAGAGGGACUGAUGAAUUACUGAUUUUGUUGUACCAACUUCCGAAUUUGAGCAUAUGUGAAGAGGCUGGAUAAAUUUUAUCUUAAAGAUCAGCAUUCCCAUUCCAGAUCGAAAAGGCUUUGUCACUCGUUAGGUGGCCGGAUGCAUGGAGAGAUGUUCUCGGGGACAAAUAGUGUAACCUCCCAAGCUACAUUCUUUCCAUGCUUUCUGCACUUUAUUUCGCUGGCAGUCAUUGUUCCUCAUCAAUGCAGCCAGUUAGAAGGCAAGGCACUAGCGCGCCCAUUCCAUCAGUUGUCUCCUAACUAUAGUAAAUAUAUAUACUCAACAUGGCUUCAUCGAGGCCUGAACAGGUCAGGAAGAGGGAGAUUGAUUUGGGAUCGGUGGCAGGUUCUCCUUAGAUUGACCUCUUACUUUGGGGAUGUUUUAGAGAGAAGUUGUUUGGUGGGCGCAAUUUGGGGUUUGUUUAGGGUUUUCUCCUGAACUUCUUCUUUGCGGGUUCACACAAAAUUUAGCCUUUGCAACAUCGCCCACCAACUCGUUGUCUUGUUGAUUCAGCGUCUUUUGGAAUCUUUUAUUAGAGACCCUGCUGUCUUGAUCUCUCUGAUUUUUAUUGAAGCUCCACCUAAGGCAACCCAACGAGGCAAAGAAACUAGCUGCCUGUCACAUCCCAAGCUCCGUCAUCAGACAGGCUGGAUUAACAGAGGAGGGUCCUUCAUUAAUUAAUCUUCGAUAUGUGGGACAUUGCAGAUCAAGUUGGCUUGGCCGGCUUGGUGUGGGUCUCGUUCAGGACAGAUUAUGUUAUGCAAAGAUAGAAUCCGAAUUUGCUGAAGGAUGAAAGGGGACAACCGUUCCGAGUUGUCAGCAGAAUAACCACGAAUUCAUGUUCAAAAGCUUCAAAGGUAUGGAAUUCUCGAUGAUGAACACAGCCAAUGCUUUUAUUUUUAUGGAGAGUUUUGAUAAUUUACGUAAAUCUUUUGGAGUUACUUCGACGGCAGCACCUGUUUGUCGCUCGUUCUUCCAUGUCGGUGGAUCUGGUCCUGAAGACACCAGCUGAGAUGCUGAAGCAGCUUUAUCUUAUUGGAGGCUGAGCUGAGCUGCUGUGGAAUCCCUCUGUUUGUAUGGGCAGACAAGUUUGAAAAAUGAUUAGUUAAAAAUGUUUAUUCAUUUUUAAUUUUUCUCAACUUUUCGCAUUCCGUGUUGUUGAUCAGCUCCUCAUAUCUUGAGAGAGCUGGUUAAAUAUUUCUUGCAUUUUUUUAAUUAAAUCUCGUUCGCAAUUUCUAUGCGAUUGAUUUGUGUAAAAA